AUUUGGGAAGGCGGAGAGGACGAGUUGUAUUCUGUGACGAGACGACGAAGGAACUGCAGAUCGUCCUCUUCCCUCCAGGAACCGGCCAAGAACCCGGGAAAGAGAAGGACAUGAAAAGAACAUGAAAGGAAGGAAUCGUCAUUAAACGAAGUUCUCUCUCUCGCUCAGUUUAAUCUUAAAUCCACUCCGAUUUCCCCUUGAGGGACUCAGUUCUCUCUUUUCCUGAGAGAACCUCCGUUCAUUCCUCCAGGAACCUGGUUCUGCUGCCAUGACUCUGCUGGCCUCUGAGAGGUCGCUGCUCAUCCGGAACAAGUUCCGCUCAGUUCUGCAGCUGAGGAUCCAGAACCGCCGUCUGAGUGAAAUCAACGCAGACUCAGGUGUGAAGUCCAGCUGUCCUCAGAAAUCAGAAAAGGAUCAGAGUGAAGCUCUGCGUCCUGUCGAUGACUCCCAGACGUCGCCCCCUGGUGGUUCUGGUUCUGAAGCGUCUCAGGGUGAGUUCUGGCCGUCGGCUCCGUUUGUCUUCGUUCUGUUUUUGCUUCCGAGAGGCCUCCAUGUGGGGCCCAGAGGCAGAAGAAGCCCCGGCAGGCCGUGGACCAGCAUCCUCCUGGACCUGCAGAUCCUCAGCAGCAGCUCCGUGAACUCAGUGAGUCCAGCAGCAGCUUUUUCUUUCUGCUCAGCUCCUCCGACCUUCCUGACCUCCUCCGUCUCCUCAGGCCCUGCUUCCUUCCCUGAUGUCUUCGAAGACGACAUCUCCUCCUCCUCCUCCUCCUCCUCGCCCACCGAGCACCAAUCACAGGCCUUCCCCUCGCUGCCGGGGCUCCCAGGCGACCAAUUGCUGAGCUCGGCUGUGGCUCCGCCCCUCAACCUCAGCCCCACUCAGUCUGGUCUGGCGUUGCUCCCGGCAACCGAGGGCAUCAGACAGCCUCUGAGUGUGACGCUGGGUGAGCCUAACGCCAUGGCAACGCCUGGGAGACCGAACCAUGGGAUGUACCUGACCUGUCAGACCACGCCCCUGCUGCCAAAGACAGCUCGGCCCUCCAGCCCCUCCUGCCCCUCGGCUUUAACCCCCUCCUUGAACUUCAACCAUCUGCCCCGUCCUCGGAAACCGCGGGACACCAAGCCCAAGAUGAGGAAGCUCAAGUAUCACCAGUACAUUCCUCCAGACCAGAGAGGAGGCUCUGGGACUGGAGGGGGAGGAGCCAAACAGAAGAGCCCUGCCCCCAGCCAGCCUCUGGACCCGGCCUAUUCCCACCUCCUGAAGCAGCAGCAGGUCAUCCUCCAGCUGCAGAUCCUCCAGAACCAGCAGCAGCAGAAGCAGCAGCAGCAACAGCGAGUACAACCACAACAACAACCAUCACCACAACAACAACAACAGCAAGUCACCGCUGCACCCAGUGGAGACCUCGGUGAUCCUGGUAAAUCUUCUGGAUUGACGCCGCUGAACGUCCAGUCCGUUUCCUCCACAACGCACCAAACCCCCGACAUGAACCCUACAUCCAAACCAGAACUGCUGCCUGCAAACCUGGUCGACCUAACGGUGUCUGAGUUGCGUCAGCAGCUCCGUAAGCGAGGCCUCCCGGUCUCCGGUACCAAACCCGCCCUGCUGCAGCGCCUCCGGCCCUUCCAGCUGCCCCCGGCCUGCCUCGCCCCCGCUCCCCUCUGCCAGCUGGGCGUCGGCCCGGAUCCCCUCGUCCAGAGCCCCUGCUCCGGCUCCAGCUCCGGACCCGACUCUCCCGACCAGCAGCUGUACGCUCCGCAGGACCGAGCGGUUCCUAAUGGGAUCCUCGGCGACGCCCCCCACAGGAUCCUGACCUCGGUGAGUCUGGCGGGGGAACGCGGAGGCCUCGCCAACGCCGUCUUCCUGGCCCCGGUCUCCGGAGCCUCCAGCCCCAGCCUCCCGGUGUCGUCGUCAUCGCCCCUGCAGGGUCUGACUCCUUGGAGGUCGGAGGAGGACCAGCAGCAGCAGGAGCUGGAGAUGAGAGAGCGGAUCAGAACCAGGCCCAGGGAGCGCUCCGCCCAGCCGGGCAGCGAGUCCUGCGGAGGAUCCCUGCAUCCGUUCCUGCAACAGGAUCCAGGAUGCUCCAGAGGGAAGCCGGAGCCGCCGGCCGAGGUGUUGCAGGUGGAUAAAACAUCAGCGUUUCUCCAACAUGUGUUCUGCUGCCAGCCGUGCGACGUGAUCGGCCAUGACUUGGAGCUGCCGGUGCAGAUUACGGCGAGUCCAGCUCAGGCCUUACCCGGUGUUCGCAGCUUGGAGGAGGAACUACAGGAGGCGAUCCAGAAAGCGCAGAUGGACCCUCGACAGUCCAUUGAUGACAUUCUGGAUGAACCGAUGGCUUGUGUUGGUUCUGUGAGCGUCUGUGAUCAGAAAUCCUCCUCAGACCUUCCUCCUCCUCCUCCAGCCGACCAGAACCAGAACAGAGAUGAGACCUUCCUCCCGUCGCCGCUCUGCUCCUCGCUGCUCCUGGAGCUUCCUCCUUCUCCAGCUGUCAUCAACCCCAGCCAGGUCCUUCCAGCUCCUCCUCCUCCUCCUCCCAUCUGCUCCUCCCCGCCUCCGCCGUCCGUCGGUAAGUCCAGGAAGCGCCGCGCCCCGGCGCCAUUCGACGCCGCCGAUUGGCUGGAGACGCUGACCUCCGGGCUCCGCCCCCUGACCCCACCCACAGCCCCGUUCGUGGAGCCCGACUUCAGCCUGGACUCGGACCUGAAUGUGAACCGGGUCCUGGAUCUGAUGAUAGAGCAGUGGUGAGGAGGUUCUGGUUUCUGUACCGGAGCUGAGGGUCAUGAACUGGAAGAAUCCAACCGAGGGCACAAGAGAGAAUCCAGGGCGCUGAUUGGCUGCCAGCGUCACCGUGGUAACAGGACAGGAUAUAAGUCAACACUGCACCUGAACUCAAACUAUUUUCUUCCCUCUAUGACCAGGUUAUCUCCUCCUCCAGGAUUCAGUUUCUGAUUUUGAUUCACUAUCAAAAUAGUUUAAAUCCCUUAAAUGCAAACAAACAUCAACGCAACAAAUCACAGAAACUUUCACAACUUCCCAACAAACCAAUUCAGUUUUCUUUGACAAUAAUCUGAUGUUUAAAAAUCCCAGAAGCUUUCAAAGACAAUUCCAAGACUAUCAGGCUUCAAACAAGAUAACAAUAAAAAAGAUAUGUUAUGAAUUGUGGUACUUUGGUUCCGAAUCCAAAAGUUACUUAGCGUUUAAAAGAAAAACAUUUUGAUGGCUUUGAGACAAAAUGUUCUAAUUUUAAAUAUCAAUAUUUUUUUAAAAAAAGCUAAAUAUUCUGCCAAUUUGAGGGGAUUUUUUCAUAACAAACAGCUACAGAAAAAUAAAUAAAAGAAAUCUAAAUUUACUGAGAAAAUGCAGAUUUUACACACAAAAACAAAUCCGGUUAAAGUUAUAUGCUGACGACACAACUUUAUCCAUUACAACACAAAAUAUAAAUCAGGAUUUUUUUCAGUACAAGAUCUGCAUUGUCUCAUUAAAUUGUGAACAAAUUUUCAUUUUCUGACAUUGUGAAGCAGCAACACAGACGACAGUAAUACUAUUGUGAUAUAUCAUAAUAUAUAUUGUAAAAAAAAUCCAAAAAAGACACUUGUUCCUGUUGUUAGUGCCGCUGCCCAUUUAUUCUUUGCUGCAGGAGCAUCAUAUUGUUUAAUCCUAUUCCUAAUAAACCUUUAUUUAUGAACAAUAGGGGAAGUAAAACCUGGAUUAGUGGGUAUAAACCAGCCUGGGGUGUAUUUUUGGGGGAUAAUUGGAUACAGUUUUGAGGGUUUGACACAUUGAAUAUUCAAGGAUACAGGAUUAAAUUUUAGAUUUUAUUUAUAUUCAAUUAAAUUUUAAUUCAAUUCAGUUUAAUUUACAUAGUGCAGAUUGACGACGAGUCAUAGGGCACAGUGAGGUACAUUUAUAUGCUGAUGACACAGCUUGAUAAGUUACAAUUCAGUUUAAAAUCAUUUAAAUUUAAACGUAUUCGUACAAAAUCUAGAUUAUCUCAGUAAAUUGUAAACAGGUUUUCCAUAUUUUUUUACCUCAUAAUUAUGCUAACUAGCAAACCAGACUGUAGCAUUGUCUUACCAAUUUUCCUGCUGUGAUUAACCGCUAAUACUGCUUUAAUCCUCCUGUUGUCCUAAUUUACAGCUACCAAAAAGCAUAGUUUCCUUGUCUGCAAAAAAAACAAAAAAUCAGCAAAAAAUCCACAAAUUUAUAAAAAAAAAAUUGCAAAAUCUUCAGGGAAAAAAUUUUUCCUAAAAAUUUUUCCUAAAAAGUUAAAAAAUAAAAUUAGAAUUAAAAAUUAAAAUUA